AUGGACGCGGACGUAGACGUGGAUGUGGACAUUGUCGUGGACCUGGACAUUGUCGUGGACAUGGACGUGGAUGUGGUCGUGGACGUGGUCGUGGACGUGAACGUGGACAUGGACGUGGACGUGGACGUGGACGUGGACGUGGACGUGGACAUGGACGUGGACGUGGACGUGGACGUGGACGUGGACGUGGAAUUGGACGUGGACGUGGACGUGGACGUGGACCUGGACGUGGACCUGGACGUGGACGUGGACGUGGACGUGGACCUGGACGUGGACGUGGACGUGGACGUGGACAUGGACGUGGACAUUGUCGUGGACGUGGACAUGGACGUCGACAUGGUCUUGGACGUGGACGUGGAUGUGGACGUGGACGUGGAUGUGGACGUGGUCGUGGUCGUGUACGUGGACGAGGACGUGGACGUGGACGUGGUCGUGGACGUGGACGAGGACGUGGACGUGGUUGUGGACGUUGAUGUGGACGUGGACGUGGACGUGGACAUGGACAUGGACGUGGACGUGGACGUGGACGUGGACGUGGACGUGGACAUGGACAUGGACCUGGACGUGGACGUGGACGUGGACGUGGACGUGGACAUGGACAUGGACCUGGACGUGGACGUGGACGUGGACAUGGACGUGGACAUGGACGUGGACGUGGACGUGGACAUUGUCGACAUGGACGGGGACGUGGACGUGGACAUUGUCGUGGACGUGGACAUUGUCGUGGACGUGGACGUGUUCGUGGAUGUGGACGUGGACGUGGACGUGGACAUGGACAUGGACGUGGACAUGGACGUGGACGUAAACGUGGAGGACAUGGACGUUGACAUGGACGUGGACGUAGACGUGGACGUGGACGUGGACAUGGACAUGGACAUGGACAUGGACGUGGACGUGGACGUGGACGUGGACAUGGACGUGGAGAUGGACGUGGACAUGGACGUGGACAUGAACGUGGAGGUGGACGUGGACGUGGACAUGGACGUGGACAUGGACGUGGACAUGGACGUGGACGUGGACGUGGACGUGGACGUGGACGUGGACAUGGACGUGGACGUGGACAUGGACGUGGACGUGGACGUGGACGUGGACAUGGACGUGGACGUGGACGUGGACAUGAACGUGGACGUGGACGUGGACGUGGACGUGGACGACUUGGACGUGGACAUGGACGUGGACGUGGACGUGGACGUGGACGUAGACGUGGACAUGGACGUGGACGUGGACGUGGACAUGGACGUGGACGUGGACGUGGACGUGGAGGACUUGGACGUGGACAUGGACAUGGACGUGGUUGUGGACGUGGACGUGGACGUUGACGUCGACAUGGACGUGGACGUGGACGUGGACGUGGACGUGGACAUGGACGUGGACGUGGACGUGGACGUGGAUAGGGAAGUGGACCUGGACGUGGACGUGGACAUGGACGUGGACAUGGAUGUGGACAUGGACAUGGACGUGGACAUGAAUGUGGACGUGGACGUGGACGUGGACAUGGACGUGGACGUGGACGUGGACGUGGAUGUGGACGUGGUCGUGUACGUGGACGAGGACGUGGACGUGGACGUGGUCGUGGACGUGGACGAGGACGUGGACGUGGACGUGGUCGUGGACGUUGAUGUGGACGUGGACGUGGACGUGGACAUGGACAUGGACGUGGACGUGGACGUGGACGUGGACGUGGACGUGGACCUGGACAUGGACCUGGACGUGGACAUGGACGUGGACAUGGACGUGGACAUGGACGUGGACGUGGACGUGGACGUGGACAUUGUCGUGGACGUGGACGAAGACGUGGACCUGGAAGGGUCGUGGACGUGGACGUGGACGUGGACGUGGACAUGGACGGGGACGUGGACGUGGACAAUGUCGUGGACCUGGACAUUGUCGUGGACGUGGACGUGGACGUACGUGGACGUGGACGUGGACAUGGACAAGGACGUGGACGUGGACGUGGACGUGGACAUGGACGUGGAGAUGGACGUGGACGUGGACGUGGACAUGAACGUGGACCUGGACGUGGACGUGGACAUGGACGUGAACAUGGACGUGGACAUGGACGUGGACGUGGACGUGGACAUGGACGUGGACGUGGACGUGGACGUGGAUGACUUGGACGUAGACAUGGACGUGGACGUGGACAUGGAGGUGGAGGUGGACGUGGACAUGGACGUGGACGUGGACGUCGACGUUUACGUCUACGUGGACGUGGAUAUGGACGUGGAUGUGGACGUGGACGUGGACGUGGACGUGGACGUGGAGGACUUGGACGUGGACAUGGACAUGGACGUGGACGUGGACGUGGACGUGGACGUUGACGUGGACAUGGACGUGGACGUGGACGUGGGCGUGGACAUGGACGUGGACGUGGACAUGGACGUGGACGUGGACGUGGAUAGGGAAGUGGACCUGGACGUGGACGUGGACAUGGACGUGGACAUGGAUGUGGACGUAGACAUGGACGUGGACGUUGACGUGGAUGUGCACAUGGACAUUGACAUGGACGUGGACGUGGACGUGGACGUGGACGUGGACAUGGACGUGGACGUGGACGUGUACGUGGACGUGGACGUGGACGUGGACGUGGACGUAGACGUGGAGGACUUGGACGUGGACGUGGAUGUGGACGUGGACGUGGAUGUGGACGUGGACGUGGACGUGGAGGUGGACGUGGACGUGGACGUGGCUGUGGACGUGGACGUGGACGUGGAGGACUUGGACGUGGACAUGGACAUGGACAUGGACGUGGACGUGGACGUGGACGUGGACGUUGACGUGGACAUGGACGUGGACGUGGACGUGGACGUGGACAUGGACAUGGACGUGGACAUGGACGUGGACGCGGACGUGGAUAGGGAAGUGGACCUGGACGUCGACGUGGACAUUGACGUGGACAUGGAUGUGGACGUGAACAUGGAAGUGGACAUGGAUGUGGACGUGGACGUGGACGUGGACGUGGACAUGGACGUGGACGUGGACGUGGACGUGGAUGUGGACGUGAACGUGUACAUAGACGUGGACGUGGACGUGGAUGUGGACGUGGACAUGGACGUAGACGUGGAGGACUUGGACGUGGACGUGGACGUGGAUGUGGACGUGGACGUGGAGGUGGAGGUGGACGUGGACGUGGACAUGGACGUGGACGUGGACGUGGACGUGGACAUGGACGUGGACGUGGACGUGGACGUGGACAUGGAUGUGGACGUGGACAUUGUCGUGGACGUGGAUGUGGUCGUGGACGUGGACGUGGACGUGGGCGUGGACGUGGACGACGUGGACGUGGACGUGGACGUGGACGACGUGGACCUGGACGUGGACGUGGACGUGGACGUGGAAGUGGAGAUGGACGUGGACGUGGACGUGGACGUGGACAUUGUCGUGGACGUGGACGAAGACGUGGACCUGGAAGGGUCGGAAGUGGACCUGGACGUGGACGUGGACAUGGACGUGGACAUGGACGUGGACGUGGACAUGGACGUGGACAUGGAUGUGGACGUGGACGUAGACGUGGACGUGGACACGGACGUGGACGUGGACGUGGAAGACUUGGACGUGGACAUGGACGUGGACGUGGAUGUGGACGUGGACGUCGACGUGGAGGUGGACGUGGACCAUGGACAUGGACGUGGACACGUGGACGUGGACGUGGACGUAGACGUGGACAUGGACGUGGACGUGGACGUGUACGUGGACGUGGACGUGGACGUGGACGUGGACAUGGACGUGGACGUGGACGUGUACGUGGACGUGGACGUGGACGUGGACGUGGACGUGGACGUAGACGUGGAGGACUUGGACGUGGACGUGGACGUGGACGUGGAUGUGGACGUGGACGUGGACGUGGAGGUGGACGUGGACGUGGACAUGGCUGUGGACGUGGACGUGGACGUGGAGGACUUGGACGUGGACAUGGACAUGGACAUGGUCGUAGACGUGGAUGUAGACGUAGACGUGGACGUGGACGUGGACAUGGACGUGGACGUGGACGUGUACGUGGACGUGGACGUGGACGUGGACGUGGACAUGGACGUGGACGUGGACGUGUACGUGGACGUGGACGUGGACGUAGACGUGGAGGACUUGGACGUGGACGUGGACGUGGACGUGGACGUGGAUGUGGACGUGGACGUGGACGUGGAGGUGGACGUGGACGUGGACAUGGCUGUGGACGUGGACGUGGACGUGGAGGACUUGGACGUCGACAUGGACAUGGACAUGGACGUGGACGUGGACGUGGACGUGGACGUUGACGUGGACAUGGACGUGGACGUGGACGUGGACGUGGACAUGGACAUGGACGUGGACAUGGACGUGGACGCGGACGUGGAUAGGGAAGUGGACCUGGACGUGGACGUGGACAUUGACGUGGACAUGGAUGUGGACGUGGACAUGGAAGUGGACAUGGAUGUGGACGUGGACGUGGACGUGGACGUGGACAUGGACGUGGACGUGGACGUGGACGUGGAUGUGGACGUGAACGUGUACAUAGACGUGGACGUGAACGUGGAUGUGGACAUGGACAUGGACGUAGACGUGGAGGACUUGGACGUGGACGUGGACGUGGACGUGGAUGUGGACGUGGACGUGGAGGUGGAGGUGGACGUGGACGUGGACGUGGACGUGGACGUGGACGUGGACGUGGACAUGGACGUGGACGUGGACGUGGACGUGGACAUGGAUGUGGACGUGGACAUUGUCGUGGACGUGGAUGUGGUCGUGGACGUGGACGUGGACGUGGGCGUGGACGUGGACGACGUGGACGUGGACGUGGACGUGGACGACGUGGACCUGGACGUGGACGUGGACGUGGACGUGGACGUGGAAGUGGAGAUGGACGUGGACGUGGACGUGGACGUGGACGUGGACAUGGACGUGGACGUAGACAUGGACGUGGACGCGUGGUUGUGGACGUGGACGUGGACGUGGACGUGGUCGUGGACGUGGACGUGGACGUGGACGUGGACGUGGACGUGGACAUGGACGUGGACCUGGACGUGGACGUGGAAGUGGACGUGGACAUGGACGUGGACGUGGACGUGGACGUUGAUGUGGACAUUGUCGUGGACGUGGACGAAGACGUGGACGUGGUCGUGGACGUGGACGUGGAUGUGGACGUCGACGUGGACGUGGACAUGGACGUGGACGUAG